AUGUUUACAACAUUUAUGUACUUGAUCAUCUACAGUGAAAAUAAAGAUACUUUAGAUGUCGAUGCAGCAACGCCAUCUUUCUGUCAGGCUACACCACAAACUACAGCAACAGAAAAAUGUGACCGAGCUGUAUCAACAUAUCAAGUCACUAAACAAGUGCAACAAACAGACGAAAUAUUGAGUCGACUUGAGCAGAUAGAGACAGCCAUAUCUUCUCUACAAGACGUCAGUCGACUUGAGCAGAUAGAGACAGCCAUAUCUUCUUUACAAGACGCCAAUGACAAGUCUACAGAUGACAUAUCAGAAAUAAAACAAUGGAGAGACAACUUUGUAACAGAACAGAGUGACAUGGGGGUAAACAUUGAACAACUGACUAAAAAACAAAAACAGAAUUUUAAAAACCUCAGAAAACAAAUGAGUGAACAAGAUAACAAAGUAAAGGAACUGAAUAAAGAAUUUGAAAAUUUAAAAGAAUAUGAAAACAAAUUAAACAAAAUAAAUAAAGAGAUACAAGAUCACACAGACAAAACAGGCAGUAUUACACAAGAAAUUAAAAGACUUUCUGAUUUGAUUGUUAUUUUACAAGAUGAAAAUAAUAAAAUCUUGGACAAAACAUCAACCCGAUUUGAAAAAUUGCAUUCAAAGCACAGUGUAAUGUACAAACUCCUACAACAAAGAUUGAUGCCCAUUGACAAACUGAUUCAAAUCUUUAACCAGAACUUGGAAACUAGGAAAGAAAGAAUUAAUAAGCUGGAUCAACUUGAAAAUACUAUUUCAAAGUUGUCCAACGAUUUUCCUCUCAUAGAGUCACGUGUAUGUAACAGAUAUGCUUGUCAUGUGGAGCUUGAUGAUCGCACACCUGUCAGUGCUGGAUCAAUUAUUUCAACAUUUAGUGAAGUACGUGAAUAUAACGGUCAACAUUUUAAUCAAACAACAGGAAAAUUUGUAUCACCACAUGAUGGUUUAUAUCUUGUCUGUGUAACUCUAAAUAAAAGUAAAGAUAAUUAUAUUGUAGUUAACGUGAUGGUUCGAGGCAGGUGGUGUAUGUCUAUAGAAGUGAAAUAUGCCUACACUAGCGCAGCUGGGUCAGUGAUUGUUGACAUGAAGAAAGGUCAAGAACUUUACCUUGAAGUGUCUCACGCCGAUCAAGGCGCCACGUUAUCCUACCUCAGUAGUUUUUCUAUCGUUAGUUUAUAG